AUAUUUGUGUUUUACUUGUGAGCCUUUUGUAUUACCAUUCACGCGACUUGUUAUAAACUUGCGAAGGACUCGUUCAGGACGCGCCUGACCUACCGGUAGUUACAUAGAUUAAUUGAUCACUAUGGCUGAUAGGGUCUUAGCCCUGGUCCACUAUUAUGCCCGCGAAGGGUAUCAUAGACAUGUACAGACAGUCUGCAACGAAGUGCUCAAGAAGCGUUCCGGUGACCCUGUGCUCACGUUUUGGAGGGCUUAUGGGCUUCUUGUGGAGGGAAACACAGCAGAUGCUAUGCGCGACUUGACAAGCAUUGCUGGUAACCCUGACUUGGAGCUUGCAGUCGCAGCGGCCCAGCUUAUGGCGCAUGAAGCUGCGAAGGUCCCGGACCAUGACGCUAUCAUCGACCUACAAGCCAAGCUGGAGGUCGAAGAGCGCACCGCCAACGACACCCCCUGCCUGCAUCUGGCGUCCUUCUACCUGUACACCAAGAGCAAGGAGCGCGCACGCAGCCUGGUGGAUCGGGUGCUGCGGAACCAGCCGGACCUGGUAGCGGCGCAGGUGCUGCUGGGUUGGAUCAUCAUCAGCCAGCAGCAGGACGACGAGUACGACAUGCUGUUCGAUGAGAGCGAGCUGGACGAUGCCUACACGCAGUUUGAGCAGGCGGUGGAGCAGGACCACAACGACCUGCAGGCGCUGCUGGGCAAGGCCAAGGUGCUGGAGCUGAAGAAGCAGCUGGGCCCCGCGGUGGACGUGUUGGCGGAGAUCAACGUGCGCUUCAGCUGGUUCGUGCCGGCGCUGGUGGAGAAGACGCGGCUGCUGAUGGCGCUGGGCGACUGGGAGCAGGUGGCGGAGACGCUGCAGCGGGUGCUGUCGUCAGACGCGCAGAACAUCAUGGCGCAGGCGUGGACUUGCAUGAUCUCCAUCACCCGCGAGGGCAACAACAAGCAGGCCGCCAAGCAGCUGCAGGACCUGUUCGCCUCCAUGAACCGCCAGGAGCCCAAGAAUGCGGAGCUCUUCUACAAGAUUUCCCGCCCCUUCGCGCGCAUGGCCUGCAGCGACGCCACGCUGCUGGGCAUCACCUACCUCAUGGCGGACCGGGCGGUGCAGCUCAAGCCCGACCAUGCGGCCUACGUAGUGGAGGCCGCCACCCAGAAGCUGCUGAUGGAGGAGACCACCAACGCCGCCGAGCGGUUCGCGCAGGCGCUGCAGCUGGACGAGCUGAACCUGGAGGCCAACGCGGGGGCGCUGGAGGCGCAGAUCAUGGCGGGGGAGCUGGAGCAGGCGGCGGACCAGAUCCUCUUCCUGGAGGACAUGUUUGCCAACGCCAACGCCGGCGGCAGCUCCCGGCGGCGCGGGCGGCGUGACGACAUGGACGACAUGGACCCCGACAUGGCCGACCCCAUCAGCGGCUCCGCAGCCACCGACAACGCCACGCUGCUCUACCUCAAAGGGCUGCUGUCGUGGAAGCAGGGCAACAACGCGGAGGGGCUGGGGCUGCUGGAGCGCUCCAUCGCGGCGCUGUUCACAGCGGCGGGCGAGUACUCGGGGCCCUCACUGGAGAUGUUUGGUGUGCUGAACCCCGCGCGCAUCACCUACGUGGUGCGACUGCUGCUGCAGAGCAUUGGCGGCGAGCCACGUGCGCCGACGGAGGCGCCCUCGCCGCUGAUUAGCAAGGUGACCCGUGCGCUAGACCUGCUGAACAAGCAGGCGCCCGCACUGCUGGAGUCCGCGCUGCUGCACGCGCGCGCGCUCUACCUGAACGGCACGUUGGACGCGGCGCUGCGCAAGGCGGGCGAGAUCCUGCACAUGAACCCCGAGGAGUCGGCGGCGCACCUGCUCAUUUGCAGCGUGUACGUGGCACAGGACAAGCCCGACCUGGCCCUGAGCGCGCUGGAUCAGGCGGUGAGCAGCAACUUCGCGGUCCGCGAGACGCCGCUGUACCACGUGGUGCAGGCCAAGGUGCUGGUGGCCAGCAACAAGCUGGAGGACGCCAAGCGGGUGCUGGAGUCGGCCAUGAACCUGCCCGGCGUGCGCACCGCGCUCACCUCGCAGCAGCGCGCCCGCCUGGGCCGCAAGGUGGUGGAGCCCACGGUGCAUGAGCGCGCCACCAUAUACCUGCUGCUGGCGGAUGUGCUGGCGCGCAUCUCCAAGAUACCGGAUGCGCCGGAGGCGAAGAAGUACAUCCAAGACGCCAUCCGUGAGUUCGAGGGCACCAGCGAGGAGGUGCGUGUGACGGUGGCGGACUGCGAGCUGGCCAUUGCGCGCGGCGACGUGGAGGGCGCGCUGAAGAAGCUGCGCCGCAUCCCCAAGGAGUCGCCGCACUACGUCAAGGCGCGCAUGGCCAUGGCCGACAUCUACCUGCGGCACCGCAAGGACAAGACCGCCUACAUCAAGUGCUACAUGGACCUGGUGGACCACACUGAGGACUACGACAGCUACUGCAUGCUGGGUGAGGCGUUCAUGCAGAUCCAGGAGCCGGAGAAGGCGGUGCGGGCGUUCGAGUCGGCGCUGGAGUUCAACCCCAAGGACGUCGACCUCAUCACACGGUGUGCUCGCGCGCUGGUGACCAGCCAUGACUACCAGCGAGCCAUCGACUACUUCACAAAGGCCAUCGCCAACGCACGGGGCGGAGCACAGUACUCUCUGCAGCUGGAGCUGGGCAACCUGCUGGUGCGGCUGCGGCAGUGGCAGCCCGCCACCGCAGCAAUCAACAAGGCGCUGGAGCGCAACCGCGACGGAGUGCCGGCCACCGAGAACCUGCAGCUAGACGUGGAAGGCUGGUCCAUGCUCGCCCGUGUGCACAAGGGCACGCAGGACAUGGACGGCUACGUGGCCGCUCAGAGCCGCGCGCUGGAGCUCCAGAAGCAGCUGCUGCUCAAGCUGCGCGGCGAGCUGCCGGAGGCGGUGGCGCUGCAGCGGGAGCGCACCGCGUCCAUCUGCUUCGACCUGGCGGAGCAGCACAAGCGGGCGCGCAAGUUUGACAGGGCCAUGGAGCUGUACAUGGAGGCUCUGCGGCACCACGAGACGCACGUGCCCUCCAUGCUGGCGGUCGCCAAGCUGCACCUGGCCAACGGCGACACGGACGCCUGCCAGGCGCAGUGCGUCACGCUGCUCAAGCACGACCCCGACAACGAGGAGGCGUCCAUCAUGCUGGCGGAGCUCAUGUUCCACAAGGAGCACUACGACACCGCCAUCUACCACUUCCAGCAGCUGCUGGAGCGCUCGCCCAACCACUACGGCGCGCUGGCUCAGCUGAUCCUGCUGCUGCGGCGCUCGGGGCGGCUGGAGGACGUGCCGCGCUACUUCACGCUGGCGGAGGCGGGUUCGCCCAAGGCCGUCAUGGACCCAGGCUACCACUACUGCAAGGGACUGUACAACAGGUACAUCAACAACCCCCGCGAGGCGCUCAAGGAGCUCAACCUGGCUCGCAAGGACUCCCGCUGGGGCAGCUCCGCCAUCCUGCACAUGGUGGAGAUCUACCUCAAUCCGGACAACGACGCGGUGUGGGAGGAGAAGGAGAACGCAGACACGCCCGAGAGCCGGGAGGCGGUCGCCACGGCGCGCAGCUUGUUGAAGCAGGUCCGCGGUGCUGACACGGGCAGCCAGCGCUACCGCGUGCUGGAGUGCUACGCCAUCAUGGCGGGCAAGGACAAGAUGGAGAUCGAGAACGCGCUCAAUACGCUGCUGGACAUGGCAAACCAGGAUCCAAACAACGUGCCUGUGCUGCUGGCCAUGGCCACGGGCUUCAUGAUGCUCAAGCAGACGCCCAAGGCGCGCAACCAGCUCAAGCGCGUGCAGAAGAUCCAGUACAAGCCGGACGAGGCGGAGGAGUUUGAGCGCAGCUGGCUGCUGCUGGCGGAUAUCCACAUACAGGGUGGCAAGUACGACCUGGCUCAGGACUUGUGCCAGAAGUGCCUCAAGUACAACAAGAGCUGCGCCAAGGCGUGGGAGAUCAUGGGGCAGAUCAUGGAGCGGGAGCAGGCGUACAAGGACGCCGCGGACCACUACGAAAACGCAUGGAAGCACGAGAACCAGGCGUCAGCGCAGGUUGGGUUCAAGCUGGCCUUCAACUACCUGAAAGCCAAGCGCUUUGUGGAGGCCAUCGAUGUGUGCCACAAGGUCAUCAAGGCCUUCCCGGACUACCCCAAGAUCCGGAAGGAGAUCCUGGAGAAGGCGCGCAUGGGCCUCAAGCCGUGAGGGUGCGGGGGCGGGGGGGGGGGGCGCCCGGGCGGCCAGGCAGCCAGGCAGGCUGCUGGAGCCCUAGCUGGCACAGGAGGUGCUGACGAAUGCAUGCGGUUAACUGUGGUGGUGUAUAUGACGGGGGGGUUAUGAACUGCUAGCGGGACGGGGUUGUUGCCUCCCUGGAAUCUACCGUAUGGGGCCGACGCUAGGCUAAUGGCCGUUGUGAUCUGCAGGGGAGCGAAGGCUUCACCAUGUUGGGGGGCAUUGCGGUCGCACCUGAACACGUUGCAUUACUGUGGGCCUGCAUUUCAAGCGCUGCAUGCGUGGGUUGAGUCCGUGACUUGUGACCUUCUUGCAACGAUUGCGAGCUGUGUAGUAUGCGGGUAGUGAGCCAAGGAUGCCUGUCGGGUGUUUGGUGCCAGGCUCAACAAGUGACCUGGGCGGUUCGGGCGUAAAGGUGUGACCACAUUCGGACAAUUCACAGAGCUUGGUGCCCACAUCUCUAGCACUAAUUAAUACGGUAGGACCUGAAUGACAGGGUGUAUACCAUAAGAUAACGUAUUCUGGCCUAGUUGGGACGACUACGAGAUAGCGAACAUUACUAGGUCAAUGAACCCCUUUGGAUCAAGCCGACGGACACAUGCUAGUCCGAUGGUCUUUUCU